AUGGCCGUCCCACAAGAGCCUUCAUUUAAUGAAAAUGAAAACGAUCCUCAAACUACUACUGCCAAGAACUCUUCUCCUUCUAAACAAAUAAAGCCCAUUUCAACACCAAAUUCUCAAGACGAUGGAUAUAAUUUAUCUGUAGUAGUAACAACUUUGGAUAAAAGCCGCCGAGAACCAACAAAUUUACCUAAAUACAAGCAAACAACAUAUUCUUCCGUAGAACGUUCAUACAUCGAAUUGGAACGUUUGUAUAAUUCGUUAUCUUAUUCUAAUCCGGAAUGUAUUGUUCCGGCAUUACCUCAUCCAACAACCAGUUAUCAAGCAACCGAAGAAGAUGAACGUAGAGUUAAAUCUGCAAUGCAAUUAUGGUUUAAUAGAAUAUCAUCAAAUCCUGUUUUACGUAACGAUAAAGAACUUAGAUCCUUUAUAGAGACAGAUUUUGCUUUUGUACCGUCAACUAAACCACGUAGAAGAACUGGUCCAUUUAGAUUUGGAUUUUCUUCAGAUAUAAGGGAUGAUGAUAUGAAAUUGGCAGAAGCAAAGUCAUUAGCAAAUAUAUUUGAAAAUCAUUUUUUUGAUAAUGCUAAAUCUGUUCAGAAAUUGGCUAGAUAUAGAAAAGGACUAUCAAUAUAUAAUUCAGAUCUUGGAUCCAAGUUUGCUGCCAUGGGCACAGUUGAAAAACAUCCACCAUUAGCACAUGGCUUACGAAGGCUAGGAAAAACGCUUCAAGUAGUUGGUGAAUUACAACAAUUACAGGCUGUUAGUGAAGCUGCUGCACUAGGAGAUUUCUUUAGUUAUUAUGCUAUGAACUCACAUGCAGCAAAGGAGACUUUAUCAAAUCGACUUAAAAUUAUCUCGGAACAUGAUGAUGCAGUAAAAACUACUAUAAGUAAACGUCGUUAUAUUGAAAGAUUAAAAUCUUCAACAUCAAUUAAACAGGAAAAUGCUAAAAAUUAUGAGCAAAAUCUUGAUGCAAGAGUAAAACGAGUUACCAAAAAACUUCAUAGUGAACUUGAAAUUUAUGAAAAUAAUAGAGCUCAAGAUUUCAUGGCAGCAAUUCAAGAAUAUAUUAAGAAACAAAUUUUAUUUGAAAAACAACAAUUAAAAGAAUGGGAAAAAUUAAAGCCUGAUGUCGAUUUAAUCACAAAUAAAAAUAUGGUUGUUCAUAUUUAUGAAAAAGAAGAACUUGAUCCUCGUGCUAUUGCCGAGAGACUUAGUACUUUUGGUUAA